AUUUCGUCAAGCGGUUCAAUAUCAACCGCCAUCGACCUGGAGCACUAAAUCGUUCCUGUCCACUCCUGCCAGCCUGGCACAUUGUCAAUGAGUAUCGCUUGCGGUACGCCGGAACAGAGCAGAAUCAUGGUCCCCACGUGGCCCGUCUACACUUCGCAGGCCAGUAUAGCGUUGAGCAGCGUUGGCUGCUGUCAAGGAUAGAGCGGUUAUUCCCUAAAAAAAAAAAAAAAAUCACCAGUGAGCAGGUAACCAAGCUUUGCAUCUUUUGGCAAGUCAUAUAUACAGAAUCAGCUGCGCCACAAAGAAAGCAUGACAUAUCGCACGGUGUCGCCGCCUAUUGCCAAGAACCAUACAUGUUCUCGAUCAUAUGCAAAUACCUACCAUUAUGCAAAGCAGGGGGUGAGGGCCACGAAACCAUAUUGUUACCCGAGACAAAGCUCGGAAGUUGAUCCGACGGGCAAUAUAGAAGCUAAGCCUUAAUUAUUUGGCGAAACACGCAAAUCUCGUACACGAGAGAUGGAACGUUGAUAUAUACUGACCAUGCGUCAACUGGUAGAUCUGUUUUGAGCCCUCCGUGACGAGUUGACGCUGAUAAACAUUUCCGGGAAUUCCGGACGUUCUGAAUCAUGUGACCAACUGGGUUAUCCGGAUUCUCUGCAAAGAGGUCCGAUGGCUCAUGAAGUCGAACAUGUCUGUGAGGCCGGAAUAGGGGGUGGGUUACCGAUGUGGGGUGGUCCCCCGCAGAGGACAUCGGACCUGUGUGGCCUUCCCAUCAUAGUUAUAUGAUUGAAGCUGCUUGCAAACAUUUACUUGACCAAGGUAAAUUAUUAAAUUUGCUUUAUGUCCCAGUUUGACGUCGGGAAACGGUUCGCAAGCAUGGCCACCCUUCAAACAUCCACCACUCCCCCAGAGGAGGCCGGCAAAGCAUACGCAUUGCAGUCUCUCUGCGGCGAAAUAUACUACAUACCGUUCUCGAAGUCUGCAAUGCGUCUCCUUGUCACAGGCAAAGUCAGCGACGGUGCGAUUGCCCUGGUCAGCACCGGCGGUUCCAGUGCGGACCCCAUUGGCUUCCACUACCAUCGCGAAGCACACGAUGUGUUUCUGUGUCUCAAGGGCCAUGUCAAUGUGUGGGCGAACGACCAGGCACGCACGAUGGGGCCUGGUGAUUUCGCGAGCGUGCCACCGGGAGUCAUCCAUCAAUACCAGAUCCUCGGCGACCGGUCCGAGUUCAUUGGACUCAUUGUCCCGGGCGGCUGGGAAGACUUUUUCCGGUUACUGGGCGAGCCCUACGCAGGCGCCAUGUGGCCAGCCACGGACGACCGCAAUCCAUUCGAAGUCCUCAUCCCGCGGGUUAAAGAGGCCGCCGAGCGCUUCGAUAUGGUGCCUCAGCCACACGUCCAACCGUUUGCACCGCAGCCUUGGGUAGAUGGCGAAGAUAACGUGCUACCGGGGGAUCUCCGACCGUAUUUCCUGCGCGCGGGCACCGAGCCAGCGUACCUUCUCGGCGGAUCAGUCGUGCGCGUCCUGGCGACGACAAAGGAGUCGGGUGGGAAGUUUGCCAUCAGGAGCCUUGAGGCAUCUUCGUUUCACGAGAAUAAAACCCUAGCCGCUGGGCUGGUGUUUCCUUCUGUCCAACAUGCGUUUCAUAUUGUCGAGGGGACGUUUGGGUUCGACGUUGAUGGCGCCGCGGUGACCUUGACAGCCGCAGAGGCGCUGUAUGUGCCAAAGGGGAGCAGAUUUAAACUUCGCUAUCGGAGUCGGUACGCAAAGGCAUAUGUUUUUGCGAGUGGAGGGGGGCUGGUGGAAUUGUUUGCCGAAACAGGAGAAGAAUAUGCGUUGCCUAUUAUUCCUGAGACCGAAGGAGUCGUCGACCAGGCACGGCUCGAACGGGUCAGCAAGGAGAUGGGGAUCAUGCUCGGGUGAGGAGGAGAGUUGGGGAACAAAUCUGGGAGUAGCUUUUAUGAGUAUAUUGUGAAUAAUGCA